AGUCUCGUUCAUAUUCUCCUUCUAGAGCUCGUCUCUGGGAGUUGUGGGAGACGUUCGUCAGGAGCGCUCCGAAAAUAGCUCAUCAAGGAGUCCCUUCGAUUUGUUGAGACCUGAGAGCAAUGGGGCGCGACAGCGAGCGUGACGAACGACGAAGAGACCAUCGCCACCGGAAUCACUCGCGAGAUAGGUCUCGUAAUAGACGUCGAUCGCGAUCCAGAUCUCCUGGAUACAGCCGAACAGGCGGCCACACCCGGGAUAGGAGUCGGGAGAGAAUUCGUGAAGAUCACAGGAGGGAAAGCCGGCACGAGCGCGUUGAUCGCGACCGACGACGGGACAGAAACCGGAAAAGGAACCCGUCGCCUAAAAAGAACAAGUUCCUCGAGAGAGCUCAGAAAUUAGGCAUUCCGACCGGGAUUCCAGUCGCAGAUGCGCCCACAACAUCAGAGCUGCCCAAUCUGAAUCCUGUCAGCACAUCAAGGAUCGUCGAUCAAAUAAAGCAGAGGAAAUUGCUUUGGGCGAAACCUUCAGAGACCUCAGAGGAUACCGGGGCCCCAGCUGUGGAUUGUAGCAAAAGCUCGCCCGAGCAGUCGCGUCCGGGAUCCGUUCAGCACUGGGCGAAAGCUACAUUUAGAGGUGAUGAUGGCUCCGUAUCGGCGAAAUUCAGGAAACUGAUGGGCAUGAAGGAGACGGAUGUCAGCGUCAAGCCAGCGGAGGGGGAGGACGUCCUCGCCGCACAGGACAAGCUUUUCCGGACUCUCGAUCAAGAAUACCAAAAGGCCCGACAGAGCACCCACACUCAGCGAGGAAUGGGCUUGGGAUGGGGCCACUGAACGCGUACACGCAAUACCAUCCGGCUGUACAAUGAGUCACGAAACCCACCACGAGCUUUGUUGUAAAUAGAGAGGAUCGCGAUCGAUCGAUCAAUCGAUAUAUAAUAAAUGAUAAAACAAGC